UCAGGGUCAACAACAAUGACAACUUUGUUUCUGCUGCUGCUGCUGGUCGCUCCCUCCUGGGCUCAUCCUCCCUCGUCUCGGGAUGUAGACGACCGGCUCUUGGCAGAGAAAUACCUUCGACGCUUCUACCGUCUCCCCCCUGGUUUACAAGGAAGACAGACGUCAUCAGGUGCCUUUGAGACCCAGAUUAAGGAAAUGCAAAGUUUUUUCAACAUCAAGGUCACAGGGAAUCUGGAUGAAAAUACUUUGGAGAUAAUGAACCAAGCCAGAUGUGGGGUCCCAGAUAUUGGGGAGUACAACCACUUCCCUCGAGACCUCAAAUGGGAAAACAACGUAGUAACUUUCAGGAUAUUAAAUUAUACACCAGAUCUGAAGAAACCUGAUGUGGACAGAGCCAUCCGCAAGGCGCUGAACAUCUGGGCUGCUGUCACCCCUUUGAUCUUUCAGAGGCUUCACCACGGCAACGCCGACAUCAUGAUCAGUUUUGGAUCGAAAGAGCACGGAGACCAUAAUCCAUUUGACGGGCCGGAUGGGCUGCUGGCUCACGCCUACCCCCCCGGCCAAGGCCUGGGAGGAGACACACACUUUGAUGAAGACGAACACUGGACCAAAGAUUCAUCAGCUUACAACCUGUUUAUAGUGGCAGCCCAUGAGUUGGGCCACGCCCUCGGGAUGUCCCAUUCAGGGGACGCAGGCGCCCUGAUGUACCCCAUCUAUAUGUACACGACAGACUUCCCACUGUCUGAAGACGACAUUGAAGGCAUUCAGGCUCUGUAUGGUCCCAACCCUGACCACAAGAAAGUGAAGCCAAGGCCUGACGCACCUGACAAAUGUGACCCCAUGUUGAGUGUGGAUGCCGUCACAGAGCUCAGAGGAGAAACUAUGAUCUUCAAAGACAGAUUUUACUGGCGUCUCCGUCCCCAAUCGGUCGAGCCCGAGCAGACACUGAUCAAGUCCACGUGGCCCUCCAUCCCUAAAAAAGUGGAUGCAGCUUAUGAGAACCCAGAGAAGGAUUUAGUCAUCAUAUUCAGUGGGAUUAAGAUGUGGGCUUUGAAUGGCUAUGACCUCGUGGAUGGCUACCCAAAAUACAUACACAAACUGGGGCUCCCCAAGACCGUAAGGAAAGUUGAUGCAGCUGUGCACAUCAGUGACACUGGGAAAACUCUGCUCUUCAGCGAGGAACAUUAUUGGAGCUACGAUGAAGCAGCGGGCACCAUGGAUACUGGCUACCCGCGGUCUAUUGAGGAAGACUUUCCAGGAAUGGACGACGAGGUUGAUGCUGCUGCCUAUCGCCAUGGAUUUCUGUAUUUCUUUCACGAUCACGUGCAGUACGAGUACAGCUAUACAUCAAGGAAGGUCCUUCGCAUUAUGAGAAUCAACUCCAUUUUCAACUGCUGACGAGGUGGACUUCAGUCAUCCCACACGACUUAGAAACUUUAGAUGAAUAUAGCUGGCUAUAUGGCGAGUGAACACAUACAGACACGUUGUAAUCGGACAAGAUGCAGUGCAGUAUCUGAGCAGGGAAAUGGAGAGAUGCCUUUAUUCGUGGGAAUAAAGUGUAACGUUGGCAGUGCUGGACACAGAACGCUGAAACCCAAUAACUUCCUCACAAAUAUAUUAGAUGUUUUAAUAUUUCUAUUUUUUUUUACAUGUAUAUAUGAACUAUACAUUUCACCACAGAUAUCGUUAUCGUGUCUGCAACAGGUCACUUUUCUCGUCUCGUCUGCUCUGGGAGUUCAACAUUUGACUUCUCGUCAAUACAUACUUGAUUAUUUUCCAUUAGAUUGGUGAGCAACACUAUUAUAAACAUUCUUAUCUGGGAAAAUAGGUAUUUUUUAUUUAAAAUACAAGAACAAUAAAUUAUAAAUGCAACAGAGGAAUGUGUUUCACGCUUUAGUCGCUAAAUUGAGGUUGACUAUUAAACAUGUCGUGAUUGCCAAUAAAAAAUAUCUAUUUGACUCAGAUCCUUUGACAUGUUUUAUAUGUACACUGUUUAAUCUCUGUAAUAUUUAUGUAAUUUAUUGUUUUGUCACAAAUCAUUGGGAAAUCGCUCAAUAAAUAACUUGUUCACUGGGAA